AUGGACUCAGAAGAUUACAAGGUAAAAGAUAUAACUUAAGAUGACUUUGGAAGGAAAGAGCUAAAUUUAGCAGAAGUUGAAAUGCCAGGCUUGAUAGCUUUUAGAGAAGAAUACGGGCCAGAAUAAAUACUAAAGGGAGCUCGUAUUUCAGGAUCUUUACAUAUGACUGUCUAAACUGCGGUUUAAUUGAAACACUCCACGCUUUAGGGGCUAAAGUAAGCACAGGAUCAUGCAGCUGCUGCUAUUGCUUAAGCUAAAACUGCAGCUGUAUUUGCAUAGAAGGCUCAAUCAUUGUUAGAGUAUUGGGAUUGUAUCAUGAGCGCUUUGGAUUUGGGUAAUGUCGAAGGACCCACUUUGAUAGUUGAGGAUGGUGGCGAUAUGGCAAUGAUACUUGAAGGAUUUAUAUGGGAAAAGAGAUAAGAGGCUAAUGGUGAACUGCCUGAACCAGAAAAAGGAGAAUCUAAAGAUGAACAAGCACUAUUAAAAGUUUUGAGAAAGGAAAUUCAAUAAUCACCAAAUAAAUUUAGAAAUUAUAUCGGCCAUCUUAUAGGAGUAUCAGAGGAAACAACUACUGGGGUUCAUAGAUUAAAGUAAAUUGCUUAAAAGGAGAGCUAAUAUUCCCAGCCAUAGGUGUUAAUGAUUCGGUUACUAAAUCGAAAUUUGAUAACAUUUAUGGAUGUAGACAUUCAAUUAUAGAUGGAAUCUUCAGAGCAACAGAUGUUAUGUUAUCAGGAAAGAAAGCAUUAGUUUGUGGAUUUGGAGAUGUAGGAAAAGGAUGUGCUCAAGCAUUCUAAAGAUAAGGUUGUCGAGUUUAUACACUUAAUAAUAAUAAUUCAUAUAGAUUCAUUCUAAUAUUUUAAUUAUUUGUUAAAAAUUAUUAAAAAUAAAUAUUUUUAUUACUGCUACGGAAAUAAGGAGAUCAUUAAUCCUUUGCAUAUGUCUCAGAUGAAGCAUAAUGCUAUAGUUGGUAAAAUCGGACAUUUUGAUGUUGAAAUUGACAUGAAGGUAUUAAGAUAAUGGGAAGGAAUCAAGAAAGUGGAAGUUAAACCAUUAUGUGAUUGA